CUCUAACUUGAAUCGAGACUUGUAAAAAAGCAUGGCGUCCAACGUAAAUCACCCUGCAGCAUCCCCAGCGUCAGCUUCAGGUAGAAGUAUGUUGAACAGGCUGGAGAGGACAGCCAGUCAUGUUCACAAUUUUGUGAGGAGGCAGAGGAACGAGGGGACAGGGUUAAAUGAAGCAGAGGAUGAUGAUGAUGAUUUUGUACGUAGGCUGUCAUCAACUUUUCAAACCCAGAGAAGUUGCAGCCCAAGCUCCAAAAAAAAGAAAAAAGCUAGCAGAGGGAGGCCAACAGACAUAUUGUCAGUGAAACUGACCUGUCUGUCGUCUCCAGAGACGAAAAUUACCAGCAACUUGGAUGUUAAUCGCUUAAAGCGAAUGGGACUUGGUUACCAUGAUUCCGAAAUAAAACUUACUGGGAGAGUUCCAACAAAGCUGGACCUGUCCAUGACUAGUGCAGACUUUAAUCAAAAGUUAUGCAAUAUGUUCCCUAUAUUGACAAAUGUGGCUUUUGAGUUGAUGACUGCAAGAAAAUCCAAGCUGGAGUCUCUUCCAAGCUCUGUAAACACGCCAGCUUUGAUAAAAGAGUUGAUGAGCAAAGAAGGGAGGUCAGGUUGUCUUUUUAUAAGACCAUUCACAGACAUAACAGCACGUUGUCUUCAGGAUUUUGACAUGAAUGCUCAACCUGCUGUUCCUCUUGUGGACCAAGCAGCUGGGACCUCCAGUCGUAGGUCAUCUGCUGCAACUAGCACUUCUGUAGUCCAGAAAGAAACUCUGUUGGAGGAAAGGGCACUUGUGGCAACUCAGAAUGCUGAGUUCCAGCAAAGUUUAAUUACAGAUCAGGAAAAAGUCAGAAGACUUCAAAAUGCCAGAAAAGAAAUUGAAGAAAAAGAGAAAAAAAUGCUAGAGUUUAGAAAUGGUAAAAAAAGAAAUCUGCCAGAAGAACCAGAGGAAGGUAUCAAACUGAAAUUUAAAACUAACACGAGUUGGUUUGAUACAACCAGAAAAUUUCUACCAGAGGAUAAUGUUCAGGUGUUGCAAGACUUUAUUUGCAGUUUAGAGGAUUCUUCAAAAAAGUAUGUACUAACAAUUCCCAACAGACCACCAAUGAAGUCAAGUUUCUGUCAUGGGACUCUUGCAGAUUUGGGAAUAAGUGGAAAUACCCUCAUACAAAUACAAUGGCUAGAUGAUUCCAAGGUUGUAAUGGAAGGUGAAUCUCCAGAAAAUGAAGAGCUUGAUGAUUUGUUACCACCCUUGGUUGUCCAACAAAGAACAAGAAGAAGAGCAGCGCAGCAUGCAGAGCAGAUAAUUAGCAGGGCAUGUGUGGAUAUCGGAGUUGCAGAUACAUCUUCAAGUGAUGAAGAAAUUGUCUUGGAUAAGGAAGCAUCUGGUUCCAAUCCAGCUAUUAGUUCAAAUUUGACUUUGCCUCUAGAUCAAGGAAAUGAAGAAAUUGGUGAAAGUGGCAUUCCACAAGUAUCAAACCAGGAAUUCCAAGUUGAGUUUGAAAAUGUCCAUGAAAACGCAAUGAAUGCUGAAGUACCAGUAUUGCUGCCACAACCAUCAACAGAUAAAUUGCAGAUGGCUUUAAAGUCAUUUGCAAAAGAAGUUCUGGGGAAUCGUGUUGAUGGCAGCAUGAGAAUGGUUAUAAGAAGACAAACUGCUUUAGAUGAUGCAUUACAAAAUGUUGCCAGGGCACAAAAUCGUCUCUUGCAGCCAAUUUCUGUUAGAUUCAUUGGGGAAUCUGCAGUCGAUGAAGGAGGCCCUUCAAGAGAGUUGUCUUCAGAAAUUGUAGUGCAGAUAAAACAUUCAUCAUGUGUCGAAGGUAUUUAA